GCCUCGGCGAUGUUCGAGGAUCCGCGAUCUUCGAGGCCGCAGUCGUCGAAGGUUACGCGGGUGCGAUGGCGGGCGCCAACGCGACGAUCGUGGUCAUCAUCAACGGUACGUCCACGGCGUACUCGUGGACGUCCUUGGCGCGAGGCCGACUGCAAGGCCACCGGGGCCUGUCUCGCGCGUCCAAGCAGCAGCAGCAGCAGCAGCAGCGACUCGCCUUUCGUGCGACGCUAGGCGCAAAGCUGCUGCACGUCGUCACUCUUGCAACGCUCGUGAGCUUUGUCUAUGGUUUUGCUCUCGCGUUUGGGGCCGGCGAUGGCUUCAUCGGCUACACGGGCUUUGCGCUCUCGUCGGCGGCCCUGCACGACGGCUUGCACUUGGCGCAGUGGUUCCAGCAGCUCACGGUCUCGCUCGUACUCGCGAUGAUCCUCGCGCUCGGUCUCGAGCGGCUGCUGGCGCCCACGUCGCUCGCCGCGUACGUGGUAUUUGUUCUUGGCGUUGUCUACCCGCCCGUGGCCCACGCCGUGUGGGCGUCCGACGGCUGGCUCUACGGCAGCCACCUCUUUGGCACCGGCGUUCUCGAUUUAAGCGGCGGCGCCGUCUUGCACGUCACGGCCGGCGCAGCUGUCGGUGUUCUCUCGGUGCUCCUUCCCCGGGAUCGGUCGGUCGUGUGGCACACACCAGUCGCGCCGCACCGGUCGCUCGCCACUCUCUUCCUCUGGAUCGGGUGGUACGGCUUGAUACACAUCUCGACGCCGUCCGUCCACGGCGCAUGCGCAUCCGUAAGUCUCCGCGGCAUGGCGAACCUCACGGUCGCCGCCGCCACCAGUGGCCUGCUCUCGUCCGCCAUCCACUGGCACUGGCGCCUCCUCGACGACGACGCGAUGCACAACGGUGUUCUUAGCGGCCUCGUCGCGAUCUCAGCAUCCGCGAGCGCAGUGCACCCGCUUGCGGCCGCGCUCAUCGGUGCCGGUGCAGCCGUGCUCUACGCCGUCGGCACGCAUCGGCUCUACCAGUACGACGUCUUUGGCGCCACGACCGACGUCGUCGUCGUGCACCUUGGCAACGGACUCUACGGCCUCUUGAUGGCGAGCCUCUGCGUGACGUCGACGCGACUCGACGCUGCCUUCGAUUGCAGUUGGGCCACUUUGCUAUCGACGGCCGAGACCAACCGCACCGGUUGUGGUCUCUGGGAAUCGUGUGAGGAUGCACUUGGCGCCAAGCUACUGGCCGCGAAUCUCUUCGGCGGCGGCGUGAUUCUGCUCUGGACAACGGCGCUCUGCACGGCGAUGGCAGCCCCGCUUGUGCAUUUUGGCUACCUCCACGCCCCCGCGAAGGACCUCUCGGCCUUUGAUGAUACGUCCUCGAUGACGUCGGACAUUGAGGGGUCUGCGUACCAUGACCUGGACGAGGAUUUUACGCGUCCUGCCUCGCCGACGAGGCGAAGUUUUCUCUGAGCUUUCCUUUGUAGCGCUCGACCACCUUAACGCUUUUGUAGAGACUAAUUAGCCGC